AGGAGGCAAGGGAUAACUCACCCAAUCAGAGGCUGCCUAUUAAGUGUGGGUUUUUUUGUUGUUGUUUUUUUUUUUUUUUUACAAUACACUGUGUGUCUUAUAACGUUUUGAUCCAUCUGUGGCCCCGGGUGGUGCUGGUGGAGCGCGCAGCGGGACGCGCAUUGUCUGCACGCAAACUGGACGGCAUGGCCAUUGUAUGCGUUCAGGCAUAUAUGGAGGCACCGAUAGCUCGGGGGAUACAGCCCGUCUGAGGUCUCAGCGCGUUUCUCUCCUCACUAAACCGCACGGCUGCGUCGCUAUGAGUUGUCUGGAUGUGAUGUACCACCAGAGCUAUGGAGCGCACUACCUCCCCGCAGCGGCAUACAAGGCGACGUACUUUAACCACCAGCAGCAGCAGCAACAACAGCAACAACAACAACAACAACAGAGGAGACUAAGUGUUUACAGUAAGAUGCAGGAGUGUAUGGAGCAGCAGCAGCAAGGAGGAGGAAGAGGGACGCUUUCCAGGGAUCAAGUCCUCCGGCAGGCCCCUGCAGCACCAGAAGCCCAAUCGGGCUGCAGGUCCGCAUCCGAUCCGGACCUGAAGGACGGUGCUCAGCCGGCGGAGGCCGAGUACUUGAGCGCCCGCUGUGUUUUGUUCACCUACUUCCACGGCGACAUUGGUGACGUGGUCGACGAGCAUUUCUCCCGGGCUCUCAGUCAGUCCAGCCCCUUCAACAGCGAGACCAAGCCCAUCAGAGUGACUCAGCCUCCUGCCUCAGCCGCUGCUGGCUCAUGGAAAGACGGGUCCCUCUCCGAGGGUCAGAGCAGCUCCGUGUGGAACAGCGGCAGCUAUCCCUCCCAGGCCAGUCCUUGCAUUCCAUCUGUCUCCGUCUCAGUCCACCCGGACUUCUCCUCCAGCCCCGUUUCCUUCAACCACCCGGACGGGGCCCUGUGGGCCGACCACGUGCUCUCCCAGGCCAGCCUCCCCCCUCCGGCCGCGCUCCACGACAGCUGGGCCUACAGCCUGAGCCCGCCGAGCUCCAGCGGCUACCCCAACGUCCACGGCGUCUACCACGCUCACCCUCACCCCCGCGUCCACACCCGGCACCGCCACCCUAUGUUCCACUCAUACCCGAGCCACGGCUCGCCGUUGGAUCCCAGGUUCAGUCCCCUGCUGCUGCCCGGGGUCCGGAACCACGGCCAGUCAACCGCCGGCGGCGGUGCGGGGAGCUCCCCGGCGAAGACGGAGAUGGACCCCGGCAGCACCUCCGUCACCUGGAACCCCUCGGCCCUCCACGGGUCCCUGGAGGUGUAUGACUCGGGUAGAUACGAAACAAUGCAUUGUUUUAAAGCUCACGCCUCGUCGUAGUGGCCCAGUAAGGGAAACCCAUCUCAUUGGUAAAUGCCCCCCCCUUCCCCCCCUUGUUUCUUUCUGUCCCGCAGCUCUUGAUCAGGCCAAAGCAAAGACGUCGGUGUGGUUCUGACUGAUGUACUGACACUGAGAAUAAAGAGAAUAUCAGUGUAUGGCUGCAAAACCAGCACUGUAAUGUAGAUAGAAGGCUUAAUGUAGCUUAGACUUUUGAGUAUUGCACUGUCCACACAACUUCUUAUGACGACGAACUCAGGCUUUGGACUUAAGUGACAGCGAUCUCCUGCCCGGUCUGCAGGUCAAGGGUCUCAAAGAAUGGUAAAACAUGGACUACUAGCUUUAAGAAUGGAAGGGUCCCUCUUCUAUGAUGGCACACUACUCCAUUUCUCUUUUAUGCAAUGUGAGACCAAGUGGUUCUGUUUCAAGAGCUUGAUUUUGAUCCACAUGUUGUUUUUGUACAGUAAAUGUUUGUUGACUUAACGUUUUUGUCUGUACAGUUUUGCAAUGCUAGUUGUUUUUUUGCUGGAUUACUUUUGCAAAAUUCUUGGCUAAA